UAGUCAAUGAGCGCGACACGUCGUCAACAACGUCACAAGCUAUUAGGACAAAAAAAAUAAAGGAUUGAAACACCGAUUACUGAUUCUUUGUCUUGUGAUGACCGUGCAGAAAAAAAAAGAGGGGGGGGGGAGUACAGUGGAGGAGAACGGAAUGAUGGCAAACUCUAAUUUAUUGGGGGGAGGAGCUCUUUUUUUUGAUCAUUCAAAAAGAGUUUGGAAACAACCACGGGGUCAUUGGGAGAAGGAGGGGAACCCGAUAAAGCCAAAAAGGAAUUUUUAAAGCUCCUCUCCCCGCCUUUUGUUACUUCUAAUAUCACACAAUGCUUGCUUCUAUUCCUAUACAACCUAGUCAACGAUAUCAAAGCAUGGAUUGGCCAUUAAAUGAAUUAGAAGAAAAUAUGAUGACACUAGCAACAAGUUCACAGAUCAAAGUGACGACCGCUUGGCAUCAGCAUAAACUUGUCUCUUCCGCUGUGCGUUGUGAGGCUUGUCAUCGAAAAUUUCAUUCAGUUGGCAAUCUUGCCAAUCAUCAACAACUCUAUCAACAUUAAAAUUCAUCAUAUAUUCCCCCCACCCAUUCUUAUUUAUCUCUUUAUAAAAAUUACAUCCCCCCCCAUUGUACAUAGUUACCAAAAUAAAAAAAUAUUAAAAAU